UCGCGGAAUAAACACCGAUGUGGCUGUGGACCGAACCAUUCUUGGGUCUGGGGGGUGCCCCAGGGGCGACGGGGGGCUGCGGGCGGCGGGGAGAAGGGUCCCCAGCAGGUGGAGAGGGGGAGGUGCCUCUUCUCAGCUGCCAGCGGGCGCCAGGAAAAGGCGAGGGCUGGCCCCAUCACAGCUGCUCGGGAAAGAAGUGCCGGCAGGGUCGCCCGCGCGCCGCCAGCCGCCCCCCCGCCAGCGCGCACGCCCAGCCCGGCGGCUGCAGACACGCGCUCGCGCUGCCUCCCCCGGCCGGCCCCCCACGCCGCCGCCACCCCAGAAUCCCCAAGGGUCCCGCAUCGGAAAGUGAGCCUCGGUUCUCCGCUCAGCCUGGCGGCCCCGUCCAGCCUCCUGCGCACCCCAUGCCGGCCCUCCUGCUCCUCGGGACCCUCCUGCUCCUGGCCUCCGCCGCCGGCCAGGCCAGGGCGCGCCCGUCCAACGCCACGAGCGCCGAGCCCCCGGGCCCGCUGCCGGCCCUGCUGGCGCACCUGCGGCGCCUGACCGGGGCCUUGACGGGCGGCGGGGGCGCGGCGGGCGCGGGCGCCAAUGGCACGAGGACGAGCCCCGCGGGCGCGGCGGCGCGGGCGCCCCCUCCGGCCGAGCUCUGCCACGGCUACUACGACGUCAUGGGCCAGUACGACGCCACCUUCAACUGCAGCACCGGCUCCUACCGCUUCUGCUGCGGCACCUGCCACUACCGCUUCUGCUGCGAGCACCGCCACAUGCGCCUGGCGCAGGCCUCCUGCUCCAACUACGACACGCCGCGCUGGGCCACCACGCCGCCGCCCAUGGGCGGGGGCGCCGGGGGCGCCGGGGGUGCGGGCGGGGGCCCCGGGCCCGGCCAGGCCGGGUGGCUGGAAGGGGGCCGGGCAGGGGGCAACGGGAUGCGUGGGGGCGAGGGCCCCGGGGGCAGCACGGCCUACGUCGUGUGCGGGGUCAUCAGCUUCGCCCUGGCCGUGGGCGUCGGAGCCAAAGUGGCCUUCAGCAAGGCGUCCCGUGCGCCCAGGGCGCACCGGGAUAUCAACGUGCCCAGGUGUGUGCGAGAUCCGGCAGAAGGGGCUCUGGUGGACAUCCUGAGGCAUCAGGCGGGACCCGGGACCCGCCCGGACCGGGCACGGAGCAGCUCCUUGACCCCGGGGGUCGGGGGUCCUGACAGUAUGGCCCCGAGGACACCCAAGAACCUCUACAACACCAUGAAGCCCUCCAAUCUCGAUAACCUGCACCACAACUACCUGCACCUCAACGUCAACAGCCCCAAGCACCACGCCACCACGCUGGACUGGAGGGCCGCCCCACCUCCCAGCCCCAACUUGCAUUACUCCACGCUGUCCUGCUCUCGGUCUUUCCACAACCUCUCGCAUCUGCCCCCGUCCUACGAGGCUGCUGUGAAAUCCGAGCUCAACCGCUACUCCUCCCUCAAGAGGCUGGCCGAGAAGGACCUGGACGAGGCGUACCUGAAGCGCUGGCACCUGGGGGAGGUGCCCCGCGGGACGCUGCCCCUGCACACGCUGCGGCGGCCGGGCACCGGCGGCGGCUACCGCCUGGACGGCUGGGGCGGCGCCGAGGAGCUGGGCCUGGCGCCCGCGCCCCACCCGCGGCGGGUCAUGUCCCAGGAGCACCUGCUGGGCGACGGCGGCCGCUCGCGCUACGAGUUCACGCUGCCGCGCGCGCGCCUGGUGUCGCAGGAGCACCUGCUGCUGUCGUCGCCCGAGGCCCUGCGCCAGAGCCGCGAGCACCUGCUGUCGCCCCCGCGCAGCCCCGGGCUGCCCCCCGAGCCCGCCGCCCGCGCCGGCCUGGCCGCCUCGCACUCCAACCUGCUGCUGGGGCCCGGGGGCCCCCCCACGCCGCUGCACGGGCUGCCGCCGCCCGGCCUGCACGCGCACCACCACCACCUGCACGCGGCGCAGCCCGCCUGGCUGGCGGACGCGGGCGGCGGGGGCGCGCUGGCCGGCCGGCCGCCCUUCCAGCGCCAGGGCACCCUGGAGCAGCUGCAGUUCAUCCCCGGCCACCACCUGCCGCAGCACCUGCGCACGGCCAGCAAGAACGAGGUGACUGUCUGAGGCCGGCGGGCGGGGUGAGGCCUGGCGGGGGCCCUCCCCUCCCCCCUCGGCCCGGAUCCCCCGACACACCCCAGGGGCCCGGACCAGAUCCGCCUGCGGCCCUGGCGGCUGCCUCUGAUGACACUGCUUUGAAUGAACCCGUCAUGGAGACCAGGCCUAGAAUGUCACAGAUGAGAUCCCUCCUCCUAUGUCACUGUUUGAGGCAAGACCUCCUUCCCAUGACGUCAUCACGGAGGAAGAGGCUUGCCGGUGAGGUCGUCACUGGCCCAGGCCAAACCUUCCCAGGAGGCCAUCACAGGGGAAGAGGCCCGCCCCGAGGUCAUCGCUAGAGGCCAUAUUCCUGAUGUCAUCACAGACUUCCUUCUUGUGAUGUCCUGGCAGAGACAAUGUCUUGUCCUAUGGCGUCAUCCCUGGAGACAACGAUUCCUUCCUGUGAUGUCAAUUCAGAGACAAGUCUCGCCCUUAUGACAUCAUCUCUGGCACCCAAAGGCCUCUUUUGACACCAUCGUCCGCAGGAAAAUCCCUUCCUCCAGAGAAGAGGCCUCUGUCCACGAUGUCAUCCCUGCAGACAAAGCCAUGUUGCUGGGACGCGCUGCGGGGGAAGCCUCGCCAAGUGUGUCCUCCCUCGACAGAAGGCCUCCUUUCCGCGACAUCAUCACAGGGACUCCGCCUCCUUCCUGUGAUGCUAUCACCAGAGAAGGUGCCUUGCCCGAUGACAUCAUCUGAGGGACCGUGCCUCUCCCAGGGGGUCCGUCACCAGAGCUGAGAGCCCUUCGGUGGUCACCACCAGACCCCGCGGGCUCUGAGGGGCCACUGCUGCCGCCACGUCACGAGAAGGCAGGGCGUGCCCGGAGUCCGGGAGAAAGGGCCCUGUCCUGAGACGUCACCAGGGGCCUGCGGUCGCUGGGGAGGCUGCCCAGCUAGCGGUCUCCCCGGAGGUGAUGGUCUGUCUACAGGCGGUUUGCAGUGAGGACCCCCACUCCCGCCUGAGGCCGGUGCCAAUGCGAUGAUGUCAUCACCAGAGACACUGCCCGUUCUGGAGGGUCAUCACUUGUGAUGGUGUCACCAGUCUCUGCCCUGUCCCACCGUGACCUCCCCGGGCCCCAGUGACAUGCGCUGCGGGGUCCCCACCAGACACUCCCGCUAAAGGGAGGCUGGGCUGGGGUCCCGGCCUUGUGCAGUGCUGUCACCUCCUGCGUGACUCCCGGAGGCCGGCGCCCCCAGGCUGGCUUCUGUUCUCCAGGAGGCUCCUCUGGCCCCCAGCCUCUUGGAGUCCGGAGACUCAGAGGUGUCCCAAAGGCCUGUGUCACUCUCUCUGCCACCCUAGAGACAUCAUGGCUUCUGUCAACAGGUCCUGGCCUCCUGCUGGGGCCGGGGCGGGUGGGGGUGCCUGCUACUUAUCUUACUAAUGACAUCAUCGCACCACAGGACUCCCCCACUCAUGAUGGCAUUGCGCCUGGGGUCCAGUGCGCACCAUGCCUGAUGAUGACAUCAUUCCCUGUGACCUAUGGUCUCUUCGUCUCCCAGGAUGCACCACACCUAUGGUAUCAUCCUCUUCCAGGAUUUACCAUGACCGUGUAGGGUCACCUUCCCCACAGCUUGCCCAUGGCCAGUGGUGUCACCAUCUUCCAUGAGUCUCCACAACCACUGUGUCAUCAUCCCCGCGGAUUCUCCACGGCUGCUGGGGUCGUCACCUCCAAGAGUUCACCAUGACCAGUGACGUCACUGCCUUCCAGAACCCACUGUGGCUGACGGCAGCAUCCUCUCCCAAGACCCGCUAGUCCCCAUAGUUGUGGUGUCACCAACUUGCAGGAUCCACAUCAACCAUGAUGUCCUCAUGCCCCAGAACCCACCCUAGCCAUGGUGUCACCACCUCCCAGGAUACACUGCAGUCAUGGUGUCACCCCCACAGCACCGUGAGAGUCAGGAGUGUCCCAGGACCCAUGAACCCCAAUAGUGUCAUCUCCCAGGACCCAUUUCAACCAUGGUGUCAUCAUUUACUGGGAUCCACCAUAAUCAUGACACCCUUUCCCAGGAUCCAGAAAGCCCAAUGGUGUCAUCACUUCCCAGGAUCCACCACAACCCUGACAUCAUCUCCCAGGAUCCACCACAACCAUGCCAUCAUCUCCCAGCAUCCACCACAGCCAUGCCAUCAUCUCCCAGGACCCACCACAGCCAUGGCAUCAUCUCCCAGGAUCCACCACAGCCAUACCAUCAUCUCCCAGGACCCACCACAGCCAUGCCAUCAUCUCCCAGGAUCCACCACAGCCAUGGCAUCAUCUCCCAGGAUCCACCACAGCCAUCCCAUCAUCUCCCAGGAUCCACCACAGCCAUGACAUCAUCUCCCAGGAUCCACCACAGCCAUACCAUCAUCUCCCAGGAUCCACCACAGCCAUGCCAUCAUCUCCCAGGAUCCACCACAGCCAUGGCAUCAUCUCCCAGGAUCCAC